CUCGGAGCUCAGAAACUGCCAGCCGAGAUCACAGGCUCUGGGGCUGAAGCAGGAGGCAGGAUGGACUGAAAGGAAAAGAGGCAGGUUAGAGGGGAGAGGCUUGGGAAGGAAACAGCAGAAAAGAAACCGCUCGCUGUGUUUACAGCAAAGCAAGGGACGGUCGGUCGGGUUGAGGACGCAGACAAGACUGUGAAAGCCAAGACAUGCAAAUAGAGCCAAAGAGGGGAGAAAAUGUCAAGAGGAACGUCCACCCGGGGAAAUGAAGAGAAUGAAAGUUUUAUGCUGCAGAACGGCCCCGUGUUUUUCCGGCACCAAAUUCUCUCGCUGUCUCUGAGCCCGCUCGCGUUUGCAAGCCAUUGACAUCAAGAGGCAUGUUCAGCGGUGCCGGCAGCAUCUCUUCUUCCUUCUCUUCCUCUUCAUCGUCCUCCUCCUCCUCUUCUUCUUCCUCCUCCACGUUCUCCUCCUAUCAGGAAGAAGACAAACCUAGGACAGUCUUGAAAUAUCGAAAUUUCCUCCUUGGGAUUUGCCAGCGCCGCGUUGCGCCAAGACUGUCGGAAUAAAGGAGGCUGACUAUUGUAUUAUCGUUAUUUUAUUAAUUGGUCAGUGGGAAGAUUACAUCUGAGCAGAGGGGACAUCUGUCACCCUUUCUGCGUUAAGAUUGAAAAAUGAGGCUGGAUUUGGGGAAGCUCUAAAAUGAAGUAAAAGGAAAAAAAUUUUAAGACAGCCACAGAAGCCCCCAACGUAGCACACUCUCUUAUUUAUAUUUUUGAGAUUAUUAUUUCUUUUGGUGGUGGGGGAGGUAAUCGGGUGGCUAACUGGCUACGGGGGAGCGGCUUCCUUUCCUUUGGAGAUGAUUGUGCUGUUAUUCUUUGCCUUGCUCUGGAUGGUGGACGGAGUCUUUUCCCAGCUUCAUUAUACAGUGCAGGAGGAGCAGGAACAUGGCACUUUCGUGGGGAAUAUCGCGGAAGAUCUGGGCUUGGACAUUACAAAACUUUCAGCUCGCAGGUUUCAGACUGUGGCCAACUCACGGACCCCUUACUUGGACCUCAAUCUGGAGACCGGGGUUCUGUAUGUAAACGAAAAGAUCGACCGCGAGCAGAUCUGCAAGCAGAGCCCCUCUUGUGUCCUGCACCUAGAGGUCUUCCUGGAGAAUCCGCUGGAGCUGUUCCGAGUGGAGAUCGAAGUGCUGGACAUCAAUGACAACCCUCCCUCCUUCCCGGAGCCGGACCUGACAGUAGAGAUCUCAGAGAGCGCCACGCCAGGCACCCGCUUUCCCUUGGAGAGCGCCUUCGACCCAGACGUGGGGACUAACUCAUUGCGAGACUAUGAGAUAACCCCGAAUAGCUACUUCUCGCUAGACGUGCAGACCCAAGGAGAUGGCAACCGAUUCGCCGAGCUGGUGCUGGAGAAGCCACUGGACCGAGAACAGCAAGCGGUGCACCGCUACGUGCUGACCGCGGUGGACGGGGGAGGAGGGGGAGGAGGAGGGGAAGGAGGGGGAGGCGGUGGGGGAGCCGGCCUGCCCCCCCAGCAGCAGCGCACUGGCACGGCCUUGCUCACCAUCCGAGUACUCGACUCCAACGACAAUGUGCCGGCGUUCGACCAACCCGUCUACACUGUGUCCCUACCAGAGAAUUCACCCCCUGGCACUCUAGUGAUCCAGCUCAAUGCCACCGACCCUGAUGAAGGCCAGAACGGCGAGGUCGUGUACUCAUUUAGCAGUCACAUUUCGCCCAGGGCUCGAGAGCUCUUUGGACUGUCGCCUCGCACCGGCCGGCUGGAGGUGAGCGGCGAGCUGGACUAUGAAGAGAGCCCAGUGUACCAGGUCUAUGUCCAAGCCAAGGAUUUGGGUCCCAAUGCUGUGCCUGCACACUGCAAGGUGCUAGUGAGAGUCCUGGAUGCCAACGACAACGCACCAGAGAUCAGCUUCAGCACCGUGAAAGAGGCAGUGAGCGAGGGUGCGGCCCCUGGCACCGUGGUGGCUCUGUUCAGCGUGACCGAUCGAGACUCAGAGGAGAAUGGGCAGGUGCAGUGCGAGCUGCUGGGAGACGUGCCGUUCCGCCUCAAGUCUUCUUUCAAGAAUUACUACACUAUCGUGACCGAAGCCCCUUUGGACCGAGAGGCUGGUGACUCCUACACCCUGACAGUGGUGGCCCGCGACCGGGGCGAGCCUGCACUCUCCACCAGUAAGUCGAUCCAGGUUCAAGUGUCAGAUGUGAACGACAAUGCGCCGCGCUUCAGCCAGCCAGUCUACGACGUGUAUGUGACAGAAAACAACGUGCCGGGAGCCUACAUUUACGCGGUGAGCGCCACGGACCGCGACGAAGGGGCCAAUGCCAAAUUAACCUACUCUAUCCUCGAGUGCCAGAUCCAGGGCAUGAGCGUCUUCACCUACGUGUCCAUCAACUCAGACAACGGCUACUUGUACGCCCUGAGAUCCUUCGACUAUGAGCAGAUCAAGGACUUCAGCUUUCAGGUGGAAGCCCGGGACGCCGGCAGCCCCCAGGCGCUGGCAGGCAACGCCACGGUCAACAUCCUGAUUGUAGAUCAGAAUGACAACGCCCCCGCCAUCGUGGCGCCCCUGCCGGGGCGCAACGGGACUCCAGCCCGCGAGGUGCUCCCGCGCUCUGCAGAGCCGGGCUACCUGCUCACUCGCGUGGCCGCAGUGGACGCGGACGACGGCGAGAACGCCAGGCUCACCUACAGCAUCGUGCGGGGCAACGAAAUGAACCUAUUCCGCCUGGACUGGCGCACCGGAGAGCUCCGCACUGCGCGCCGGGUCCCAGCCAAGCGCGACCCCCAGCGGCCUUACGAGCUGGUGAUCGAGGUGCGCGACCACGGGCAGCCACCCCUGUCCUCCACAGCCACCCUGGUUGUUCAGCUGGUGGAUGGGGCCGUGGAGCCCCAGGGCGGGGGCGGGGGAGGAGGCGGAGGGCCAGGGGAGCACCAGCGCCCCAGCCGCUCCGGCAGCGGGGAAACUUCCCUGGACCUCACACUCAUCCUCAUCAUCGCGCUGGGCUCGGUGUCCUUCAUCUUUCUGCUGGCCAUGAUCGUGUUGGCCGUGCGCUGUCAAAAGGAGAAAAAACUCAACAUCUAUACUUGUCUAGCGAGCGAUUGCUGCCUCUGCUGCUGCUGCUGUGGCAGCGGGGGCUCCACCUGCUGCGGCCGCCAAGCCCGGGCGCGCAAGAAGAAACUCAGCAAGUCAGAUAUCAUGUUGGUGCAGAGCGCCAACGUCCCUAGCAACCCAGCCCAGGUGCCGGUGGAAGAGUCCGGGAGCUUUGGCUCCCAUCAUCACAACCAGAACUAUUGCUAUCAGGUUUGCCUCACUCCGGAGUCUGCCAAGACCGACCUGAUGUUCCUGAAGCCCUGCAGCCCUUCCCGGAGUACAGACGCUGAGCACAAUCCCUGCGGAGCCAUCGUCACCGGGUACAGCGACCAGCAACCAGACAUCAUUUCCAACGGAAGCAUUUUGUCCAACGAGAAUAAACACCAGCGAGCAGAGCUCAGCUAUCUAGUUGACAGACCUCGCCGAGUUAACAGUUCUGCGUUCCAGGAAGCUGACAUAGUAAGCUCUAAGGACAGUGGUCAUGGAGACAGUGAACAAGGAGACAGUGAUCAUGACGUCACCAAUCGUGGCCAGUCAGCUGGUAUGGAUCUCUUCUCCAACUGCACCGAGGAGUGUAAAGCGCUAGGCCACUCCGACCGAUGCUGGAUGCCUUCAUUUGUCCCUUCGGAUGGACGCCAGGCUGCAGAUUACCGCAGCAACCUGCAUGUCCCCGGCAUGGACUCAGUUCCAGACACCGAGGUCUUUGAACCUCCCGAAGCCCAGCCUGGAGCAGAGCGGUCCUUCUCGACCUUCGGCAAGGAGAAGGCCCUGCAUGGCACCCUGGAGAGGAAGGAGCUGGACGGAUUGCUGUCCAAUACACGAGCGCCUUACAAACCACCAUAUUUGAAAAUGCUGUGGAUGCAGCUGCGUGGAGAGGCUCAUUUGACAAAAGAUGGAGGCAAGCAAACAACCACAUGACUGAGCUCAGAAGCCGAUUCUCGACUUGAGGCAUUCGGAUAAGACUUCUCCCCAGCAGACAGCGUGACCGAAAAGCUCCCGUGAGACUUUAGCCGGGCACUAACUGAGCUGCACUAAUUCCAAACCACACAAACUGUGAGAUAAAUGUGGGAGGGUUAUGCUGCUCUCUUCCUGGGAGUCUUGUUUAGCAACAAUAGAUAGCUAAUACAAUAGAUAAUUGAGAAACACAUUGUCUGUUACAGUACUAUAAGCAUUGACUUUUCUGGUGUGGCGUGGCUAUUUUCUCAAACAACAUAUAUAAUGUGCACUUGUUGUUUCUUUGCUUUGCUCUUCAAUUUUCGCUUCUACUUUACUCCUCAUCACUCACACAACACACACACACACACACACACAAUAUUAAUAUAUUGGCUUAAAAAUAUAAAAUGUUCCCAUCAAGUGAAAUAUGCAUUAACUUUGGUGACUUUCAGUUGUGGGAAUUACUUCUAAUUUUCUUCUUUGAAAGCAUUUACUUUUUCAUAAAACCCUCUGUAGGACAUAUAGCCUUUUAUAUGCAGAUUGGUAUAAUUACACUUUGAAAUAUCUUUGAAUUCCCUGUAGCUUAAACUGAGAACAUGAAAGGCCAAAUGUUAUAUUGAGCUGAAGGAUAUAAAAGUGCGAGUACAUCAAUCCAAAAUGGGAUAUAGAAAUGAACGGCGCUACACAGCACAGCCCGUUUCUGACAGAUUAUUGAAGAGUCUUUAACUACAGAGACUGUCAUCCCUAGCAAGAGAAUCCUGCCUGGGAAUGGCCUAAUCUGUUGAUGUUUGUUAUCCUUUUUGUACCAAAAUGCGAAUACCUAUGAAGCAAAUCAAGAGACCUAGUGUAACAAAAGCUUUACCUCUUUUCGAGGACAGUGGCCUAACCUCCACCACAGAGCAGAAUGUUAUAAGGAAGGAAUUAUCUACCCGAUCUAUCAUGCCAGAAAUGUUAAACAUUACAUUUCAGGAAGUCAAUAGAAAACCCACAUGGCAACAGCGAAACUUUCAAGAUCUCAGCAACAAACAAGGAGUUCUCUUCCACGUGGAAGCAUGUUCCCAGGUCCAGUGUAGGCAUGUCCAGAGUAUUUAAAAAGGAGAGGGAAUUUACAGCACUUCCUGCUAUUCCAGGUGACUGGGAUUCAGUUCUCACUGGAUACAUGGAGAGUUACGACUCUCCAUUAUUCAAAGUCCAAGGGGUCACAUACCUGCCUCUGGCAGACCUACUCACCAGUGCACAUACAUACAUGCAGGCAAAACACACAUACAUGGAAAUUUAAGUAAAAUGUUGUUUUUAAGAAAAGUAUCCAAAAUGCCUUCAUUCCUUUUUACCAACAAUGGGAAACUAAAAGAAGCUCAGAGGGUCUGUGCAAAGCCAAAACUUGCCAUCAACACUUAACUUAUUAGGAACAAAUUACAUGAAACUAACUUUAUUUUAAGAGUAUGUUCUGCUAACUUUUAAUAGUCUAUAAAUAUCAUGAUUGCUUUCACUUAAGUAGAUCUCAUAAUUAGUCUUUUGAAUUAGCAAUACAUAAAGAACCUUUUGUCUUUUUUAUGUAAAGGGCAUGCCUUCUUAUAAAAUUAAAUUCCUUAUAAAUAACUGAAAAAAAAAUCCAUCUAAACUGGUUAACAACAACAACAACAAAAUUUUGAAAAUUCAAAACAAAAUGACCUAAAUUCUGGUGUCUCCAGAAUGCAGCAAUUCUAACCAGCUUCACUUGAAAUGAAAGAUAGAGGAUAAACGUUUUGAAUAAGAAAUACUUAUAAACCAAUGGUAAUUCACAGAGAAAUGAGGAGGCAAUGGAUUGUAAUCGUUAUGCAUUCAAUCUAGGCUAGGGAGUUUUCCCACUUUUGGCAUCUUGCACAACCCACCACUUAUUAAUCUUCAAAAUAUGUAUGGAAGGAAAUGAUGAUAAUUCAAGUAGUAUUUUAGGAAAACAUAAUUGUCAGUUUGCUCUGAAACUGUCAUUUUUAAAACACAACAAUUUGAAAUGUCUUUUUUUUUUCUGGGACAAAUGACAAAAUUUUGAAUAUUUGAAUGUUUCAGACAUGCACUAACAAAUUAGUGCAUAUAAGGAAUUAGAACUGUCCUUGAUAACCAACUGAACAAAUAGGAAAUAGAUGACCUAGAAUGAUGCUAAGACAUCUGAAUCACUACCUGCACUACUUGAAAACCAUGCAUCAUUACUAAAGCUCUAUGGUUAAUUCAGACACUUAGAUCAGUUCUCACAUCUAAAUUUGACCAUAUAUACAAUUCUUUGUGGGACGAUAUUUGACAAAACAAUCCCUAUUAUGUAGGUGGAGUAUCAUUUUAUGUUCUGUGACUGGACCCUGCCAUGAAUUCAUCUAGGAUUCUUGCUGGGAAGAGAAGACUCUCUAAAUUCCUACAAGGCUCUUAAUAACCCAAUAAAAUGUUUAUAGUUAUUAUCUGAUAAAUAUUCAUUACAUCUUAUUCUUCUGAUAAGUGUAAUAAUUGAUGCUAUUUUGUUAAAAUAUGAUAUAAAAAAACCCAUGCGUUUUUGUGUGACUCUAUAGUAUAGCACAAACCAAGGAAAAAUGCCAGAAUGGUCUUUAAAAUAGGUUAAAAAUAAUUAUGAGGUUAAAAAUAAUUGUGAGAAAGCUAGUGCUUUCUCAGUUGGUCUGAGCAGUUCAUCUGGGAAAAGCAGUGUGCUCUUUGUUACAUCACUUACAUCAAAAGGAACUCAUCCACGCGUCAACACAAGACAAGCUGAGACACAUAAACUUAUUUCUAAAUGCUAUGGCUAGUGAACACUGGAGCUUGGAAAUGACCUAUGAUCUGUGGGAGCCUGUUGUCAUUUUUUCAGUUUAAAGAAGAAGAUAGGAUGGAGCACUUCUCAAAGUAAUGUUUCGUUGGAAUGAUCCAAAAUAGAUUCUGAAUUUUAAAGAGAAAUUAUUGCAGAGGCAUAAAUCCCUACACUAUGCACUAUGACUAUAGAGAUAGGUGAUUUAUUCAGAACUUAUGGUACAAUCAAUAAGAAUGAUGGGAAGAGUUUAAUGGUUAAAUUAAACUUAAGACUUUAUUAUAUGUAUAACGAUAAAAGUUCUUCUGUAUUGAGUACCUUUGUUAUUUUUUUUGCCAAAAUGUAAGAAUCUAAUAAAAUAGUAUAUAAAAAUGUGUAGCUAUAUUUUUUUUGUGGCAAAGUGUAUAUAUAGUCAAUGUGUAGUUUUGUUUUUUUUUUAAAUCUUUCCUGGAAGGGACAUGGAAGCUCAAAAUGACUCCAGAGUUUCAUGAAAUUUACAAGGAUCAGAAAAAGUAACAAGAUUCACAAGGUUACUUCUAAAGGUUAGAAAAGCAUCAAGAAAUUGCUGGGAGAGGAGACUCUCCAAAGCAUCUGUCUGCAAACUGGGUAGGAAGCUCCAGGGAUACAGCUUCCUUGUUCACAUGCCUUGGUGGGCUUUUCCAUGAUGCGCAGCCUUGGAAUCAGCCAUGUUCUUGUAAGUAAUGCCAAUAAAUGCAUUGGCUUACUAAAAUAUACUACAGUGGAAUAGCCUCGUUUGACAGCCUUCAGUGCCCUACGCAUAGUGAACAGAUAUUUAUUCCUCCUCAGGAAAAAUCAGUAGUAGCAUACAUGGGGAGAAGAUGAAAGCAAGAAAUCUCCUAGUUUAAACCUCACAACAUAUGUUACUGAAGCCUCACUUUAACUAACUGGGUGGGAGCAAGUGAAGAGGAAAUUAUAGGGAAUUUCAUUUUCAAAAGGACAUUGUAUGUUCUAUCAUUUUCUGAGAGAUUUCAAAUUCUUUAUCAUAUUAACAGUCUCUUGGGAGUUUUUCCAUAAAACAAUCUUGUUUAAAAGUAUUUUAGCCUCACAUUCCAAACCACUGACCAUAAAAAUGUUUUUGCACAAAAUUAGCAUCCCUAAAUGAGAGUUAUGAAGGACAUAUUUUGGGAAAUGUUGAUUUACCAUUCCACUUACUUCUCAGAAAUAGAAAAUUGGGCUGUGAGAAAUGUGGCCUAAACUUGUGUGACAAAAUAACAGCUGAAAUGCAAUAACUAGAAAAUUUGAUGCACAUCAGACAUAGCAAAUGAGGUUUUUAAUAUAGUUUGGGUUAAGGUCAUUAUGGUAGUUAUUUUUCAACUGAAAAAAAUUCAUACAAUAUAUUUUGAUCAUUUUCCCUCCCCUACUUCUUCCAAGAUUUUCCCACUUCCCUAAGCACACAAUUUUAUGUUCAUUUUGUCUAAGUCAUAAUAACUUUUUAGAAUAACAAACUGGGGGGCAAAGUAUUUAGCUGGCUCAGUGAAGAAAGGACUUGCUGCGCAAGUCUAAGGAUCAGAGUUCUGAUUCCCCAGAAUCUACAUCAACAACUAGGUUUGUGGGGCAGCCACUAGUAAUCCUAGUUACUGGAAAGUUAAAUUGGGGGAAGCUGGCCUGCUCGACUACCUAGAUUUGGCAACUUUUGGGUUCAACCAGUGAAGGGAAGAAUUAUCAAAAAGGGCACCCAAGCUAGGAGUGAUGGUACACACUUUGAAUGCCAGCACUCUGAGUUACAGGCAGGUGGAUUUCUGUGAGUUUGAGACCAGCCUGUCUACAUAAUGAGUUCCAGGACAACCAGGGCUAGUUAGAGACCCUGACUCAAAAAGAAAGAAAGAGACAAAAAUAUAAACAAAGAAACAGGGUACUCAAGGUCAGCCUCUGGCCUCUAUGUGCUUGCUCACAUGUGCUUGUGUAUCUACCCAUGCACAGGUGAACACACACACACACACACACACACACACACACACACACACACACACACACACACACCAAACAUAAUACACAAACGUACAUCUAAAAGUAAUUUGCUCUGGUUUCCUUUUCUUCUUUCUUUCCUUCCUUCCUCCCCCUCUCUUCUGUGUCUCUCUUUCUUUUUCUUAUUUCUUCCUUUCUUUUUUUUAUAAUUUAUGCCUAAUACUUGAGUCCCCCUCAUUGGAUUAUUUAUUCAUUGACACAAUUCAUGGUUUAUUACAUAUAUAAUUUAUACUGCUUUUGACAUACUGUAAACAGAUGGUGUAAUGAUUACUUUUCCCACAGCAUGUUAAAUAUCCUUGGAAGAAUUGUACAGGAGGUGAGAAGAAUCAUCACAAAGGGUCAUCAGUUCUCUCACUCUUUUUCUAAGAUUUGUAAACACUGCUUUAGUGGUGUGUGUGUGUGUGUGUGUGUGUGUGUGUGUGUGUGUGUGUGUGUGGUGAUGUUAUCAAAGAAGAGACCAUCUCCUUGAAACAUCACUUUAUAAAAUGCAAACAUUGGGUCAGUACAAAAGGUGGACUGCCUUGGUUUUUGAGAAAUGUUUGAGUUCAAAUCAUGUGUCUCCCACUGUUAUGGUUAGUUUUCAAUGUCAGCUUACCUUAACUUAGAAUCACCUGGAAAAAGUGUAGCAGGUGACCAAUUAUCUAGACCAAGUUGGUUGUGAACAUUCCUGUGGGAUGGUCUUGACUGUCAACUGAGCCAGUCCCUGUGAGCAGUAUCAAUUCGUAGCAGAGAUCCUAAAUUAUAUAAGAUAGAAGAAAGCAAAUGGGAGAAAGAAGCAAGCAGCCUGACCAUUUAUUUGUUUCUGCUCUUGAAUAUGAUGUCGUAUGACUGGCUACUUGAGUGUGUAUGCCUUUGACUUCCCCAAAAUGAUGGAGUGUAACCUGGAAUUGUAAGAUGAAUAAACUUUCCUUCCCUA